AUGCUCUCCCAAUCUCUCUUGACUUCCUUGGCCUUCAGCACACUCAUCGUCGCCCAGCCUACGGAAUCUGAAAUGAAAACGCAGAAUUCCAUUCACUUCCCUUCGAAGACCCAGUUGGUCGAAUGCAAGAACCAGGAGGGUUACAUCUCUGUCAAAGCAAAUGACAUGGCGAUCUGGUUCAAGGAUGACGACGUAGUCUUCCCUUACUCUCAGAAGAAGUACGGGGCAAUCCCUCAGACUUGUUUGCGAUCCGGGCUUGAUUUAGUUGUGGUCACCAAAACAGUUCCGUGCCAAUCUAGCCAACAAGGUGAUUACUAUCAGGAUGAUGUUACUACGCCUGGGAAUGACUAUUGCCAUGUCAGUCUUUGGGGCUGGAAGAAGUCAGAUGGACACGAAACGCUCAUCAAGGACAUCAAGGCGAGGGCCAUUUGCGCCAUUACGACAACUGACGCACCACAGAUCCGUGGACCAGUCAACACUCCGUGUGAGACAGUUGAUCACCAGAACUAG